CCUAGCUUUCACAUACCAAACACCCAAGGACAGCGCAUACAACUAAGAGUAGUGAAUUUAAAGGUGCACUGCCAGAAUUUUUGUCAAUUUAGAAACUUUUUUUAAAGAAAAGACCUAUUGGAAUGAGUUAUUCAACUUAUCCCUUCGUGGAUGAUGUUUAUGCUUAUUACAAUCAAACGGUAACUUUUUUGGGAAAAUUACUAGAUAUUUUACCGGGGUCUUACAUUUUAAAGACCUACAUCCAAUCUUCUUAUCAAAACGAUCCUUUGAGAACAUUCAUUGAGUUUCUUUUGCUUGUCUUUGCUGCUUAUUACGUCCUGAGAAAACCAAAGACUUCACCUGAUAAUAAUUAUGUAGAGCUCACUGAAAAAGAGGUAAAUGAACUAGUUAACGAUUGGAAACCUGAACCCCUUGUUUCUUCUUUGAAUUCAAUGGAAAAAUUGGAACUGGAUUCUCUUACUACCCUCCAAUCCACCCACUUGUCUACGAAACUUAUGGAUGGUCGUCCUAUUAUCAACUUUAGCUCUUUCAACUUCCUUGCUUUGGCUGAAAACAAAUACAUUAACGAUGCUGCUGUUGAUACAGUACGUGAAAGCGGUUUAGGAGCUUGUGGACCACCCAAUUUUUAUGGCUUUCAAGAUAAACAUCUCCGUCUUGAAAAAGAUAUUGCCUCUUUCAUUGGUGUCGAAGCAGCUAUCGUGUAUGCUCAGUCGUUUCAGACUAUUUCAUCGGUCAUUCCCGCUUUCUCCAAGCGUGGUGACAUAUUGGUUGUAGAUGAAGCUUGUAACUUUGCCAUUCAAAAGGGAAUUCAAAUCUCUCGCUCAACUAUUCGUUACUUCAAACACAAUGAUAUGAAAGAUUUGGAGCGUAUACUUAAAGAACUUCAAGAUGAUUUUGAGCGUCAUAAUCGUCCAUUGACCCGUCGAUUUAUCAUCACAGAAGGCAUAUCUGAAAAUCUUGGAGAUAUGGUUGAUCUUUCGAAAGUUGUUGCUUUGAAAAAGAAGUAUAAGUUUCGCUUAAUACUUGAUGAAUCUUGGUCUUUCGGAACUUGCGGUCGUACCGGUAAAGGAUUAACCGAGCAUUUUUCUGUAUCUACUAAUGAUGUUGAAAUGAUUAUCGGUUCUUUGAACACAAGCUUGGCUGGUGGUGGUGGAUUUUGUGCCGGAUCUACCCUUAUGGUCGAACAUCAACGUCUUUCUGGUAUGGCUUUCAUUUUUAGUGCAGCUCUCCCUGCUGCCUUGGCGACUGCUUCCUACGAAGCCAUUGCUAUUCUCAAUCGUGAUGGCGGAUCAAUGUUAAAUGAUUUACGAAGUAAAUGCGCUCUCUUUCAUGCCGCGCUUACCAGAAACGAGUUUUUUGAUACUACUAGUGACCUUGAAUCUCCUGUGAUUUUCCUCCAUUUGACAAAGAAGUCUAUUCCUUAUGAUAAGCAAGUCUAUAUUUUGCAAGACAUAGUGGAUUAUUGUAAGGAUCAAGGCUUUUUAAUUUCUCGUGCUAAGCGCGUUGAGAAGUUGGAGCGCUUGAAGCUUCAACCCUCGUUGCGCAUUUGCAUUUCUACUGGUCACACUAAUGAGGAAAUUGAGAAACUUUCUUCAUUACUUAAGAAAAGCACAGACUCUAUGCUGAGAAAGCACAUUGAGUCCGAAGAUUAAAUUCAUUGCUUUUUUUUAUGAUUUUCUGGCUUCGUAUUAUAUUGAUUCGCAUUUUAUAUAUAACAUUGCAGAAAAAACUAUGAAUGUCAAUGACCUUGAUAGAUUACAUUUAAUAUCCAUAUCCAGUAACUUAUAUACUUAAUAUACCUUAUAUAGUGACACUUUCUUUUCAGUCUUCGUGUGUCUUCUAGCGGAAUCAGUUAAUAAAAUUUUACUUAGUGACA